AGAAACAAAGUAUAUACCAAUGAUCAAAACAUUAGAACACCAGAGUAUAGAAUAUAAUAAUGAAAGACGCGAUAACUAGCAUGGCGCGACUGAAUCAACAAUCAAAUCCGGCAAAAAUAUAAUAAAAACGGUAUUCAUCCAUAUUUUUUUUAGCACUGGAAGAAAUUGGAAAUUUUCUGAUUGAUGACUGGACUUUGAAGACCUUCACGUAAAAGUCAUCGAUCAUGGAUCAAGACGACGGGAUAUUGUCAUACUGACCAAUUCAUGCUAUCAGAAAGUACGUCCGCAAGAAAAAAUUUUGCUGUUGUCAAUCGCAACUCAAAUUGGAAAGAGAUGACUGAAAGAGGAAUAUUGUUGACCAAUUUUAAUGCGAUUACCCAUCCUAGUCAACCUAAUUAUAUAGCUGCUGCUGCUGGAUCCACUAUGGGUGUUGAUAGUGAUAGUGUUUUCAAUAUACCAGAAAAUGUUACUACUAUUUUUGAUUUGCUGGAAGAUAAGAAUCUCACUUGGAAAACAUAUCAAGAAGAUAUCCCUAGUGUGGCUUUUGCAGGUUCCAAGGCUGGUAGAUAUUUUCGCAAGCACAAUCCUGCCAUCAGCUUUGAUUCUAUCGCCCAAAAUCCUGAACGCUCAAAAAAUAUCGUUCCUGGAAUUGAACUUGCCAAAGAUAUUUUGUCCGAUAAUCUCCCUAACUGGAUGUUUUAUACACCAAAUAUAAUGAACGAUGGUCAUGACACUGAUCCUUCUUUUGCUGGGAAAUGGAUGGAAGGCUUCUAUCGGUCGACUUUGAUGAUUAAUCCAUCAUUCUUAGAAAAAACACUUAUUUUAAUAACAUUCGAUGAAAAUGGAUCAACCAGGAAACGUAAUCACAUCUAUUCUCUUUUACUUGGUGCCAUUCCAAAGGAACUACAAGGGACACAGGAUGAUACCUAUUAUAGUCACUAUUCUACUUUGAACACAGUAGAACAAAAUUGGGACCUUGGAUCUCUCAACCGAGGUGAUGCUGAUAAAACUGCUAAUAAUGUAUUCAGUUUUAUGACUGAAGCAUUAAACUAUACAAAUACUCCUAUCGAUCCCAAAGAUAUUCCAAUGAACAAUAAACCCGUCAAAGGCCCUUUUAUAUGA